AUGUUACAGCUAGACUGUGAUGGUGAUGUUACUGUGCCUUACAAUCAUGGAAAUAUUUCAGGCUUGGGGGAAAAAAGCAAUCACUCACAGAUGAUCAUGCCAUUAUUAACUGACCUAGAAGCAAGACCGAUUGACUUUCGAGAACGCCUUGAUAAAAGUUUACCAAUUUGGUAUUUACCUUCCAUUGGCCGAAUCGGUGCUGUACAUCUUUUGAAAGAUGGCUUGCCUGGGAUGUUCAUCGUUCGAGAAUCUAGUCGUAAAGACUCCAUGGCACUCUCUGUUCAUUUAUGUCAGGAGUCGGGUCCAAUUGUGGAACAUUAUCUCAUAGAGAAUUAUAGCAUUGGACCUCAUUUGCAAGGAGCCACAAAAAUUUUUAGUAAUGUUCCAGAUUUGAUUUAUAACUACAGCCAGAAUUUAGAGGAUUUGCCUCAGCUUUUAAUUUUACCAGAACCAAUUAUGAAAGCAAAAACAUCACAAGAAUUGACCUCGCUGGCAUUGUUAGGUCAAGAUUUUUGGUCUUCUGCCUUGAUGAAAAAAUCUGUCACUGCUUAUAAAAAGAAAGAUGACAAGACUAACAGACAGACAACAAAUUUGCAGAAAUCAUCUUCCUUUGAACAGAAAAAUCCAAAAUUAAAUGUCCCAGAAGAAAAACUCCAGCUCUCACAGGCAACAUCAGAUGUUUUGGCUCUCCCAACAUCGGUCAAAGCACAAAGACUUGAACAAAAAGUGAUGCGGGAGAUUCUUGCUGGAGUUGAAGACUCAGAAAAACACACAUUUUCUCAAACCCAUUCAAAACUUUUCGAAGAACAUCUCAAUUCAUGCAAAAGUCCAGGAGAGAAUCUUAAAGAAUUUAUUCUCAGGUUAGCAGAAGAUCAAAAUGAUACAUUUGGAUUAGCAGUAAAGAAUUUUGUUGAAUGUACUUUGGAAAGCCAGAAACAGAAUCCUCAUUUUGUGAUGAGAAAUAUGAGACAAUUCAUGACAGGAAUAAAAAAUUAUCUGCUUCACAAUAGUCAGGAAGGCCUGAAUUUGUUGAUAGAACGGGAAUCUAGUCGUCUUGGUACAAAUGAGAUUCUUAAUAUUGAUGCCAUUAUUGAAAGUGCUUUACAUGAAUGUGUGAUCCUGCCAUUGAAAGAACAUGUUUACCAAUUAUUAGCCACUGACUACACAAGGAAUGGAAGUGUGUCAACUUUGCAUGAAAAUAUUGUCUAUGCUAGAACAAGACCGUUAAGUGAUCUGGGACUUAGGGGUCAUCUAUCUCCACCUGAUAAAGAGGAUUUGGAACAGAUCCGAGAAUAUCUUGGUCAAAUCCAACAAGCGUAUUCACCAAUCAAGAAACUGAAAAAUCUACUAAAAGCUUCUUUCUGUAUUACGAGCUGUUUGAAUGGCCACAGUAAAAAUGGGAGAGCAAGCUGUUCAGUACAAACCGAUGAUUUUUUGCCAAUGUUAACCUAUGUAAUUGUAAAUGCUGGGUUGGUAUCUGCUGAGAUUGAAGCUGACUACAUGUGGGGACUUUUACAUACGUCCCAAGUGAGUGCAGAUGCCAACUACUACUUAUCAACCCUGAGUAGUGCUGUACUUUUGCUCAAGAACUUUAAAACGAUGCAACAGAACCAAUCUGGAUAUUUUGGUCGACUACCGAGCAUCAGUGAUAUGCAAGGCUUUUUGAAAGUAGCUUUUCCAGAUGAGAUCUGUGACAGUAUCAUAUGGAAAACUUUGCCCGUUCGACCAAACAUGACUACACGAGAUGUGUGUGCAAUGAUUGCUCAUAAAUUCAGGAUUACAAAUCCUCAGGAUUAUGAUCUCUAUAUUCUUAUUAAUGGACAAGAAAAAGCCUUGAAUGAAACAGUCUGUCCACAGAGUAGGGUUCACUGGUGGUAUUGUGACAAUAUUGCAGAUAACUUGAGUUCACUUCCUCCCUUAUUACAGCAGCAAGCAGACGCUUUCACUCUCACUGCCUAUCUCUUCCUCGACAACACACUUCACCCAAUUAUCCAUUAUUUCAUAUCUCUACUCUUCUUUCACUUUUUACCUGUAUCUUCUCAUUCAUUCCCUUAUUCCAAACUAUGUACAUUGUCCAUCUAUGUUUUUAUCUACUGCUUGAUAUCUAAGUACCAAGCCUCUCUUUCUUUUGUCUCCAUUCCUCUCUAUUUGGUCCUGCAUUGA